UUGCUCUAGGGCUAGAAUUGUGGUGUUUACAUUGACACCUGUGUGUUAUCGAAAGAUAAGUCCAUAAAUGUUUUAGUUAGCCACUAAAGCAUUUGGAGUUAUAUUCAUAGUUGUUAAAUAGUGAUAAUUUCUUAAAUGAUUUGUAAGGCAGCAGAUGACACCAAUGUGAGAUUGUAUGAAUGUGAAGAAGACAAAGAAUGUGUAAAGUUUGUAGAAGAACAACAAUUAAAGACAUUUAGUUGUGGGAUCAUAAAUAGUAAUAAGGAUAUUAAAGAAGAAAAGAAAGAUACAAUUUUUAAUGCAGUCAAAAGCGAACUCAGUGAAUUUCAGAAUUACUUAGGUAACAAUAUAAAAUUUGAAACAUUUAAAGAUGUAAAGUGUGAAUUGAAGGAGGAAGAAUUGGAUGAUCACACAAAUUCAGAAAUACAACGUAUUAAGAAACUUGAAGACGUUUGUGUCAAAAUUGAGCAUAACGAACCACUUACUCCAAACAAUGAUCAUCAAUGCAAUUCUAGUUCAGUCAUUGAAUUAGUUGAUGAACAUAAAUUGGUAACAGUACCUUUUCAGAAGCAUGCUGAGACAGUUCCUAAACCGUUUAAAAGGAAACGAAAAAAUACAAAUUCUGUAAAUCCAAUAAUUAAAGUAAAACACCCUCAAACUUUGGGCAUUGUUGAAGAAAAUAAGUAUAACACAAGUGAGGAUUGUAGAACUAAGUUGUUAGUAGCAGAACAAAUAAGUAGCAGUAAUUCACUAGUAGAAAAAGUAUGUAGAAUGUUUGAUUAUUAUUUUAAUAGUUUCUUUGAACAACAGUUAUAUAAUCUAAUUGACUUAUUAAAACAACUAUUAAAAGAAAUCUCAGAUAAUUGUGAAAGGUUAAGUGUUUUUUCUUCACAUAGAAUUACAAUAGAAGAUAUUCUACUGGAUCAUGAUUCUUAUAGAUCAGUUCUGCAAAAGUACAGUAAAAAGUUUUUUAAAACAUUUUGUUCCAUUGUAGAAAUAUUUCAGAACUUUCAUAAGAAAGAAAUGAUUCCAAUCAUCUACUUAGUUCUCCUGACAGAAACUGUUACCUCCGUAAAGUUAGAAGAUGUAAGAAGCAUUAUUUUGAAGUUAUUGAUAUUAGAAAAUUACAAUUGUGAACAUGAUGUAAUUUUCAGCAAAACUCAUAUUGAGUCUCAAAAAAUGCUUAUUAUUUAUGAAAGAUGGUUGGAAAAGUACAAUACAAAACAUGGAACAUUUUUUGGCCGUUUUAAUAAAAUAAACAAUGGAAGUGAUUGUAUUUUACAAAACAUUGAGUGUGAGAAUACACAGCCUAAAUGUACUAUUGAGGACAGAAGUAUCAAAGUGACUGAAAACUCUAAUGCUGUGUCAUCAGUUGUGAGUAGUGUUGAUGUUGAUCACAAAAAGCCAACGUCAAACAUAGACUCACUAAGCUUGGAUGUACAGGGUUCAUUGCAGCAGAAUAAACAAACAUCUAGCAACUUUGAAUCAAAGGAAAGUAAAGAUUUACUCCAAAGCUGCACAAAUGGGAUGUGUGUCAACAAGUUAACUGAGCGCUGUUGUUUCUGCUUAGAUUGUUGCAGCUGUCCAGACUUUUGUCAGGUUGAAGACGAUCAGAUGGUUGCAGAUAAAUACAUCUCAUGUAAUGAACAUAAGAGCUUUAUUGCCUUUUGGGAAGAAGCUCACACUACGGAUUGGCAUAGGGUGGUAAAGGAUCAUGAAAUGCCUUAUGAUCCAGUUUGCUGGAGAAGCAAUUGUGGCAAGAAAGCUUUAAUCAUAUGUGUGUGCAAGACCAGGGCAUACUGUGGUUUCAAAUGCAGGGAGGAGGAUUGGAACGAGAGCCAUCACAAGACUUGCAGUGGAAGUACAGAUCCAAGUCUGUUUUACAGCAACACUUGCUGAUCUAAAACUAUACAUUUUCAUCCAUUCUAUGUUUUUUAAUAGUGUUGCUAGUUACCUAUGUACAGUGUGUUAUUUAUUUUUGUACAGUAAAAUAUUAUGUAAAUAUUUUUAUUUUUACACCUGUUAGUUUACUAAUAAGCAUUUUAAAUUUGCAAAGUAGUUUAUUGUUACUGUAUAAAAUAUGACCAGAUUAAAACUUGUUAUGAUUAGAAAAUUAUUAAUUAUGAUGUAAGUAAUAUUUAAAUAUUACCAUUCUCGUGUCUUAUAAACAAAAGAUUAUUUCUUAGUACAUUAAUAGUUUUCUAUUGCAACAAAUUUAAAUGUACAGUAAACUGACUAAAACUAUUUAUUUGUUUUAUUGUUAUUAUUAUUGCACAUGUGUCAUGAAGAAAUUUGAAAGUGCCAUAUCCCUUCCGUCGUCAAAAAGUAUCUGUAAAAUGUCAAUGACUUUUAAUGGAUAUUGAAACUACACAGUUACCUGUCAUUAGAAAGAUGAAUAUUUUUAUAAUAGUCUAAAGUGAUAGAUAUAGCUAAUUUGUAAUUUUAUCCAUAGGUGUUUUUUAGUUGAACAAAAUGAAGAGUAAUUUACAAUGAAUUAUUGUGUAAAUACAAUUGUAACUUAGUACAUUUUCUUAAUGGUUGUUAUUUAUUCAAUACUAAUAGCACAAAAUAAAUCUGUAUUGUAAAGAUGCCAGUAAUUUACUUCCUCUAGCUUGAAACCAUAACAAGGUAACUAUGUAGCUAUGUCCUAAUCAGAUCAGAAGAUAUUGCAUGUGAGUGGGUUUUGUCUUUGUGUGUUCAGUUCACAAAUGCUUGCCUAUGUGUGAGUAUAUUUACAAAUGUUUUUAGUUUGUGAAACUUUUACUUGGUAAAACAGUACUGUUCUGCUUGAAAAUAAUGGUUUUGUUCAGUUUUCUAAGUACUCUAUUUAAUUUGUCAUAGUGUUCAAUUUCUAUUUAGUAAUUUGACUUAGGUAUUGUUAGAAUGCCGGGCUCUGCACUCUCUUUUUUACAUGUUUUACUUUGCUUCUUCUUUGUUAAUAAUGUAACAUCGAUUUAAAAUCAGCAGUACAAUUGUUUAAUUUUGCCAGUCUUCUGCACGUUUGAAUUGAGUUUAAUGACAUAUUCUUGCACUUUGUGCUGUAUUGAAAAAAUGUGUUUCUAUUAUAAUGUUUUUAUUUACUAUUAUAGGUUUGUUUUCUAAUAAUAAGUGUUGUGCUUAUGAAAUUUACACUUGCUUCAACAGAUAUAUUUAAUUAUCUGUGCACCAAUAAUGUUAUAUUUUUCCUAAACAAUUUCAUAAAUAACCUUAAAAAAUAUAUCUGUACAGUAAGCUCCCUCUUAACUGCCCUUGGACCAAUCAACACCAAGGAUUUGUUUUUACAUGUGUUAGUGUUUUUUACUGCCUUUUAUAAAUUUCAGUACAAGGAACAGUGAACAAGUUGAUCAUUACUAUUAUAUUACUUUUUUUAAUGAACAUAAAUAAUCAUUGAUAUUGUAUUUUUAUAUGAUCAAUUUAAAUUACUGCAUUGUUUUUUACCAUUCUGAGGUUAUUUUUACGAUUUUCGAUUUAACGGACUCUUGGAUAUCAGUCCUAUACCUGGUUCCACCAUGGUCAGUUGAGGGGAAGCUACUUUAUAUGUAUUUUUUAUGUGAUCAAUUAAUUUCUUUAAUAAAUAGUCUAUACUUUAGUUUUGAGUAACAUGAUAUAAGGCAUAGUUAUUGGUGCGUAUAUCCAUCCACACAAUAUAAAAUAGUCUAUUAAUAUACAGGGUGUACACCCUGUAUAAUAAAACUAGACUUUGUCUGGCCUAAAGAUGCAAUAAGAACAGCUGCAACAGUUCAGCAUGUCUAAUACAAAAGACUUGCUAAUUAGAACUAACCUAAGUUUAAUAUUAAUUUUUUCUACAUUACCAGCAAUAUCAACUGAAAGAAACAGAAAAUUGGAUAAUAGAGGAGAGGAUAGGAAUGAUAGGAAAAUUAAGGACAAGUUCAGUAAUUAUGAAUGAGAAAAGGAGGUCACAAAGUAGCAAAAAGCAGAGAAGAAACAUGCAUUUUACAGAGUAAUUUAAUCUUUGUUUUUAAUGUUCUAUUUCAUAUUGUGCUACAAUAAUAAUCUUAAUCUUGACAAACAACUUUUGAUUAACACUGAAUUAAAAUUUGGCUAUUCAUUGCAUAAAAUGUUUUGAUGUGAUAAUAUAUUUUAAAUUUUUUAUUUUAAUAUUUUUUCACUUACCUCUUCCAAAGAUUAUUAAGUCAAGAUAGAAUAUGAAAAAUGUAAGUAAUUUUUUUAGGAAUAAUAUUAAGAUUUCCACAUGUAUGUUGUACAGUAAGGUGUAUUUUACAUUGAGUUUUAUAGUUUGUAUUAGGAUUACUAAUACUGUCAUACUGAUAGAAAAUUAUCCCUAGCAGUAAAAUUUAAUGCUAUAGAACUGUGACUAGUGUGUUAAUAAAACAGUGUAAUAAAACACUAAUUUGUAUACAGGGACUUAGUGUUAAAAUAGACAAUUAGAAACUACAACCAAAGUAAAUUGCAAUCAUUUUACGUUUGAUAGAGUAGGCUUAUUUUCAUUUCAGCUAUAUUAAUCUAAUUUUAAGAUGUUUAUGUACUAUUAAAACUUGAUAAAUCUGCAAAUGUAUACAUCUUAUUGUAUAAAUAAUUUAUAGCACUUGUUCUAUAAGAAUAAAAUUAAAAAAGAAAAGAUUUUCUUUUUCUAAUGAUGCUGCUAUUAGGAAAAGCACAUUAGACUGUGCCAUAGACUGAUAAUUUUUUAAUAAAUAAAUUUUCAAUAUAACUGAGUGCACACAAGCUCAAAAGCAAAGUUUAUUAUAUAUAGUUAUAUUGUCUUCAAAAUAAUUUUUAGUUCCUAUUUAAUAAUUAUUAGCAUAACAAGUUUUAUAAAAACUUACUUGAAAUAAAUGGUGAAAUGGUUAGAAGAAGACAACUAAUAGACAUUGGAAAAUUACUCUGGAGAAUAUUGUGAUGUGACUGAACUAUUCAUAUAACAAUUACAUCAUGUAAGUGUGAAUUUACACACUACUCUAAACCUUGUAUACUAUUGAGUGUAUUUAAAUUUUUUGGGAUAUAUCUGUUUCAUUAUUAUUAUUAUUAUAUGUAGUCUACUUAUUGCUGAGUUAAUAUAGAUUGCUCUUACGUUUAAAAAAACACAACAUUUAUACAAAAUAUUUUGAAUUUGAUUGUUUUAUGACCGAGAACGGCACUAUGUACAGGUAUAGAAUCAUGUCGAACAAGACAGUACAGCAUUGACAACUCUCAGUUUGUAUUUGUUGGUAAUUCCUUGUAUUAAUGAUGAUGAAAAAUGGAUAUUGAGGCAUUUUUGUUUGAUAACAUUUGUUCAAUUGCCAAAGACACAAAUAUAGUGCCAAGAUCCUAAAAACCGGUUUAAGAGAGUUUUAAAUUUUUUACAAGUACAUUUAAAAUGUGUGGAAAGUGUUCAGUUUAUUUUACUAUAAGUAAAAUAUUUUUUAACAAACUAUUCAAAAUAGUAUGUUGGGAGUUACUAUUAUAUUAUCAGUACUGUAGUUUUGUAUUAUUAAAUUGUACUUUAAUGUGAUUCUAUAAAGGCUGUGACUAUAUUUAUACUUAUAUGGUUAUGUUUGUAAUAUAUUUGCCAGAACAAGAGAGGAAAAAAAGAAUAAGAAGUUUCAAUUUUCAGACUGUAUUCUUUGGUGAUCUUAGGCUGUUAUUAGUUAUGGACUAAUUGUACAACUUGUUGACAGAGGAAAAGGGUGUUCAGACCCUGCAAAAGCUCCGUCAACUUUUUGUGUCUUAGCUGGGUCGGUGGGUGGGGGAGGCAUUGUUGUAUAUCAAGUUUAUUAGUCAGACAACUCUAGUGGUGGCAUUGUUAUACAGCAAUGUGCAAUAGGCUAGAGCACUCAAAUCAAUCGAUUGUUAUAAGGCUUUUUACAAGUAUUAACAAUGUCAGUAUUGUAGCACAACUCCCAAGUCAAGAUAUACUUUUAACUAUAAAUUAAAGAUAAACUAUUACGGUUAAAAUUCAUACUUUCUUAUAAUAUGAUGUAUGUUAAGGUGUCAAAGGAGUUUUUCAAAGCAAACACGUAACUCAUCAAAUGAAGAAGGUUCUGACAUCUGGAAGUAAUAGAAAACAAAUUUUAUCAGCACAGAUGUCAUAAAAUACUAUGUAAAGCACUAAACCUAGGUACUAACAAGUGUUUCUGAUACUUUAUCUUUCUUCCCGUACUCUUUAAUUACAAGGUCAGGAAGCAAGUAGAGCCAACUAACUAUUCAAUGCCAUCUCACUAACUGAGAUGAUUCUGAACUAAUGUUGUUGUACAUCUGGUUGACCGGGCUAGAGUUUGCGAGUCAUCUGAUUGUCACACCAGUUGUUCAACAAGUUUUACUAUUAGUUGUCCAUGGCUAAUAGCAGCCUUAGUAAUUAAUUGCUUGUAAAUAAUUACAGAAAUGAAGGAGAAAUAUUAAAAUCAGAAUUUAUAACUCACUGAGUAGUGUACUGCUAGUGCUUACAGCUAUUGUUCCUAUUGCAGAUAUUAAUACCAAAGUUUCAAAGUACACUUUGAAUAUGUUCCCAACAUGUGUGCAAACAUUAAUACACAUUACCUGAUAUAUAUAUAUAUAUAUUCACAUGGUGACUGUUAAAGAAUACCUAUAUGGAACACAUGUUAUUGUUUCAAGUAAUAAUAGAAUAAUAAUAUGAUUAUUUACAUCAUUUUUUAAUUAUACUAUAAAAAAAUGGAAUACAUUCUGAGUAUAACAAUAUAACAUAGAUGAAAUAUUAUACUCUUAAAUUUUUAUGGGGCAUAUCCUUUUGUUUCUGGCUUACUGUACCUUAAGUAUAAAUAUAAUCUUAGUUAUAAAAUUUUAGAAAAGUAAGUUUUUUAAGUAUAUAUAUGUAAAGUUCUGUAAUAAAUAUUUUGUUUACUACUGUUUGAUUAA